AAUAUUUUCAAUUAAUAGCUCAAGAAAUUUUUUUUAAAAAAAUCCCAUGAAGCUUGCAUUGCUUGCCCUCUUUGCCUUGAGCACCACUCUGCUGCCACUAGUCAUGGCAGCAGAACAAGUGGUGGACACAGACGGCAACGCAAUUUUUCCUGGCGGAAGAUUCUACAUUAUGCCAAAUAUUUUUGGCGCAGCUGGAGGUGGAGUCAAAUUCGGCAGGACUGGUAACCAAAUCUGUCCGGUUACCGUCCUGCAAGAUUAUUCGGAGGUUAUAAAGGGUCUUCCGGUGAAGUUUGCUAUUAAGCAAGACAUAGGCCCCGGCAUAAUCUUCACCGGAACCCCACUUGAUAUUUCGUUUGAGUACAAACCCGGUUGCGCUGAAUCUUCAAAAUGGGUGGUUAUUGAUGAUUUGCCGGCACCAUAUGUAGCUAUUGGUGGUGCUGAAAAUCAUCCUGGGAAGAUAAUCAUUGAUGGUAGUUUUAAGAUUGAGAAAGUUGGAACAUUCAGUUACAAGCUUAUGUUUUGUCCCAGUAUAACUGCACCACCUGGUUUGUGUUAUGAUAUUGGGAGGUACGAUGAUAAGCAUGGAAGGCGUUUGAUUCUCACGGAUAAAGAUGCUUAUGAACUUGUGUUUGAAGAUGCUGGUGUUGUUGACGAACACUACUCUAUUGUUGCAUGAAUCAAAUGAUCACCAUAUGCUGCUAGGGGUAGUGUAUGUUGAUGUUGAAGAAUAAUAUAAUAAUAAUAAAUGUGAUCUAGUAACUAGGGUUAAUUGUCUUGUAUUUUGUGAUUUGUGACAUCUUGCAACUGUUACAAUAAGUGUGACAAUUGCUCUCUUCUAAUUGUCAUGUAUGU